AUAAAAUUAAGUACUUAAUUGAACUGUUUUGAAAAAUAAUUUACCUACUCGAACGCCACGGCAGCCCUUCUUCAUGCGUGUCCCCGGUCGACCGCCCAGCCACCAUCAUGUCGGGAGGCCUUAGUGUUAUGAGCUUGGAGGAAAAUGAUGUGACGCGUUUCCUGGCUGCGUCCACUCACCUUGGCGCCAACAAUGUCAACUUCCAGAUGGAGCAGUACGUCUACAAGAGGCGUCAGGAUGGUACAUACAUCAUCCACCUGCGCAAGACGUAUGAAAAGAUCCUGCUUGCUGCCCGUGCCAUCGCAGCCAUUGAGAACCCUGCUGAUGUGUAUGUGAUCUCCUCACGUCCCAUGGGGCAGCGUGCCGUGCUCAAGUUUGCUCGGUACACUGGUGCCACGCCCAUUGCUGGCCGCUUCACUCCUGGAGCCUUCACUAACCAGAUCCAGGCUGCUUUCCGUGAGCCACGCUUGCUGGUGGUGACUGACCCAGCCUCUGACCACCAGCCCAUCACUGAGGCUUCUUACGUCAACAUCCCUGUUAUUGGCUUCUGCAACACGGACUCUCCUCUGCGCUACGUGGAUGUUGCCAUUCCCUGCAACAACAAGAGCCCUCACUCUGUUGGUUUGAUCUGGUGGAUGUUGGCUCGUGAAGUGCUCCGUCUGCGUGGCACCAUCUCUCGCAAGCUGCCCUGGGAGACUGAUGUGAUGCCUGACUUGUUCUUCUACCGGUAUGUUGAUCCCAUGUGCCAGUGCUACUUUCCUACUGUUAUUGGUGUUAACUUUGGUCUCAAUUCUUGCAGUGACCCUGAGGAGCAGGAGAAAGAAGAGGCAGCCAAGGCUGAGGCUGCCAAGGCUGAAGCAGAGUCUGCAAAGGUUGAUACCCAGGCUACUGAGACCUGGGUUGGUGAUGUGCCAGAGGCUGAUGCUGCUGCUGCCACACCAGCUGCACCUGCUGUUGCUGUGGCAGGUGGUGUUCCAGCUGCUGCUGGAGCUGCUCCUGUUGCAGCUGCUGCUGCUGCUGCUCCUGGGGCUCCUGCUGCUCCUGUUGAUGACUGGGGCCAGACUGGAGAUGACUGGGCUUCACCCGCCACUGGAACUACUGAGGACUGGGGUGGCGCAGGAGACAAUGCCAACUGGUAAACUCCAAUAAAUGUAAUACACAGAUGUG